AUGGUUACAGCUGUUCAACCAAUGUUUGGUCUUUUAAAACGACUCCACCUACAUCCAAUGGAAAAUGCUUUAAAUGAAUUAAGUCCACAAACUUCCCUUCUGCAAUCUAUAAAGUUUAAAGCCCAGCCAUUUCUGUUUCGUAAAACCAAAUCUGAAGAAAUACGACGUAAUCACGACAGUAUGGGCCAGAAGAGACCAUCACCUUACCUUUCUAACACGGACCUGAAAACUGCCAAACGUUCCCGCCGUGUUACGAAAUUAACUGAUAAGAUCGUAAAUCCCGUGGAUGUAAACUAUAAACCUAAUUAUGAGAACUCAAGCAUAAGUUAUUCAACUUUAUCUCCUGGGGUAACCCCAUCAAAUCCACCGAUCUUUCCAUCUCCUACUUCAAUCAAUUCCCCCAACCUUUCUGUAUCAAAUGUUUCAUAUUCUUUACGCAUCCCGAACUCUAGCGAAACCCCAGUAAUUUCUCAUCCGAAAUAUCCGUGCCUCCAAAACUCCCCGCACCCAGUUUGCCAGUAUCGAUCCCAAGUUACUCCCGUCGUUAAAAAUCAUCCCACAGAGUGCCAGACACGUAUUUCUACACGUAGUACGGAUUCAUUAUUGGAUGAGAAUCAUUUUGUGAUUGAAGAGGAAAUACCCGCUACUUCUAUUUGUGCAAAGGACUCCCUCCAUUUAAAUAAAAUAACUGGCCAUCUUAGUGGACAGAAUCCUAAGGAUGUUCGAUACGUGAGUCGCUCACGUAAUACCAGCAGAUUGUCUCCUGUAUCUUCAGUAUCUAAAAGAUAUGAUAAUUCGGACGAUAACAAAUGUGAUGUGAAGUUGAAAAACAAAGAUAAAAUUAUGAUUGUAUACAAAGAACCACCAAAGCGUCGGAAAUCUAUUGAUCAGCUCAUUGAACCUUCGAUUCAUGGAUUACCAGAUCCCGAAAUUUCCACUAAACCUCGUACACGAAAACCAACUCAAUUUUUACAACUUAAUGCACAAACUACUGAGCCUUCGUGUAAUGAUCGAAAGCCUGCCUAUCUCACUACUCAGUCAUAUUAUUAUGUGCCAGAUUUUACUAACCGUCAUCCCCGAAGUCCAGAAACUGUCCAAGUUCAUGUGAUGGAGCCGAGAGGUAUACCAAAGAUGUCCAAUUCAGCUGUUCUUAUUGAGGUUCCUAGCUGGCGUGUUAUACCUAUCCCAGGUGUCGAGAUCUAUAUGGAUUGUUCUUGUGGGAUAAAACAUUCCAAAUCAUGCCCCCAAAAACACCCAGACAGGCGAAAACUAACAGGUACGGAUACUCUUAAAUCAUGUAAUCUCCGCGCCUUACGAUCCAGCUUACUGACUAUUAACUCUGUCCAUUCAAAUAAAAAUUAUCCAACUCCAGAACUUAAGUCAAAAUCCAGGUCUAGAUCUUCCCAGACACAAAAAGAGCAUUACCAAGUUGGAGAACCUAUCAAAUCAGUUGGUGUUUUGGAUGAGAACAUAUCAGAUCCAGCAUUCCUUGCUCGCCAUUCGCGUUUGGAAAUUGAGGAAGUUCGUCACGAACGCUUAUCUCGCCAACGUACUGCAGAACAAGAACUAAAGCAACGUUUGGAAGAAAGGGAUCAAGCCAGUUGGCAUAAGAGACAACCUGGUCGUUUGGAUCCACUUCUGAAGUAUAGACCAGCUAGUCGGAUGCCGACUCAGCUCAGCUACACACUCAAGCAAGGACAUCAAUUUCACGUAGACAACUCUAUACCGGUGGUCGCAUUCGGUUGUCGUGUGCCAAUAGCCUCACUAAAACCGUUCACAAAGUUCAGCAUUCAAUAA